CUGGUAUUUCCCAUGGGUGUAUCACUUGGGCAAAACUGGUCGAGAGUAGAAGGUAAAAGUAGAGAGCCCAAAAGUAGUCCAGCUUCAAUGGAGAACAGUAGAGAAGAGGGCAGUAGUUCUUCAGAAAGAGCAAAAUCCUUGGGAUCAUCACGUUCAAAAAGGAAACCUACAGUUGUAACAAAAUAUGUCGGAUCAGAUGAUGAACAAAUCUUAGAUGAAACUGUAAAUGAAGAUAUUUCAAAUGAGAACUCAGAAAACGAUGUUGAUAUGAAAAGCUUGCCUAAAGGUACAGUGGUUGUACAGCCUGAGCCAGUGCUGAAUGAAGACAAAGAUGAUUUUAAAGGGCCUGAAUUUAGAAGCAGAAAUGCCGUUAAAAUGAAACCUGAAGCUCCCAAAAAGCGCGGAGAGGAAGGACUACAUGGAAUUGUAAGCUGUACAGCUUGUGGGCAACAGGUGAACCAUUUUCAAAAGGAUUCAAUCUAUAGACAUCCUACACUGAAAGUUCUUAUUUGUAAGACUUGCUACAAGUAUUACAUGAGCGAUGACAUUAGCCGUGAUUCAGAUGGAAUGGAUGAACAGUGUAGGUGGUGUGCUGAAGGUGGAAAUUUGAUUUGCUGUGACUUUUGCCAUAACGCCUUCUGUAAAAAGUGCAUUUUGCGCAACCUGGGUCGAAAGGAGCUAUCAACUAUACUGGAUGAAAAUAACCAGUGGCACUGCUAUAUUUGCCAUCCAGAGCCUUUGUUGGACUUGGUCACUGCAUGUGACAGUGUCUUUGAAAAUUUAGAACAGUUACUGCAACAAAACAAAAAAAAGAUCAGAGUUGAAAGUGAAAAAAGUAAAAUGUAUGACCAUACAGUCAAGUUUUCUCCAAAGAGAAAUAAUUCAAAUUGUAAUGGUGAAGAAAAAAAACUAGAUGAUUCAUAUUCAGGUUCAGUAACAUAUUCUUAUAAAGCACUAAUGGUGCCAAAAGACUUGCUGAAGAAAACAAAAAAGCUGGUUGAAACUACAGCAAAUCUGAAUUCUAGCUUUGUAAGCUUUUUGAAAAACGCUACAGAAAAUGUAGAAAUAAGCCCAACUGUGCAACUUUGUCAGCUAAAAGCUUUUAAAUCUGUGUUGAAUGACAUGAAAAAAGCUCAUCUGGCACUAGAAGAAGGUCUGAACCUGGAGAUUCAAGCUUUCAAUAUUAAAAUCAAAGAUAAAAAUACCAAAGAGAAAAAAACUGAUAUUAGAUCAGAAAAAAAUGAGGUGAGAACAGAUGAAGGAAACGAACACGUGACAUUAAAAGAGGAUGACACUGUAAAGACACAGAAAAAAGUUGUGUCGGAACAGCCUGACAGUGAGGCUAUGGAUCAAAGUGUUCCAGCAACAGAACAAAUGGAUAACAAGCGUAGUUCUGGUGAAGAUAAAAGGUCUGGCAGAAGUGAAGAACCUCAAUAUGAACCUAACAGUACAGAGGCUUUAGACAUGGAUAUAGUGUCCAUUCCCUCGUCUGUUCCUGAAGAUAUUUUUGAGACUCUAGAAUCUGCUAUGGAGAUUCAGGUUACGUCAGAUGAGCAAGACAGCAGAAAUACAGGAGCAGAUCAUGAGACUCUAAAUACAAAUGUAAAAUUGAACACUUCUAUGAAAGAUACCAAAGGCGGUACUAAGUUAAAAUCGUCGGCUAAAGGCACAAAAGAACUGGUUGUAAAAUUGACUCCUGUUUCCCUGUCGGAGUCUACAGUUAAAGCUGAAGAUCAAGACAGCAAUGUAGAAAAGGGAAGUAAGGAUGUCAAUGUGAUAUCUAGAGCAGAAAACUGUGAUUCUGUAAAACAAAAUCAUCAUGCUGGCAGUGAACCUUCCACAGAGAAUGAAACCAUCUCAGUUGUAGAGGAAUCUGAUCUCAGGAGAUCGCCGCGUGUGAAGACCACACCUCUGAGGCGCCAAGCAGACAUCAGUCCUUUAACGUCUAAUUCGGAAGAAGAUAGCAAUGACACAUGUAGUGAAAACUGUAAGAGAAAAUCAUCAAAACAACCAAGGAGGAAAAAUGAUAAAAGAAAUUCUUCUGACAGUACGGUUAAUGGUCCUAGCCCUAAUAAACUUUCUAAGUCAAAAAAACCAUAUGUAUUAGAUCAUAGCUCAGAUUCUGAUGAGAUGCCAGCUGUUCUUAAAGAAGUAGCUAUGAUGAGUCACAGUUCUUCAGAUAUUGAUAGCAAUAAUGAGGUGCCAACAAAUGAUCAGAAGACUUUAAAUUUUCUAAAGAAUCAACCAGUAAAGGAUGAAAACGGAAAGCGAAAAAGAAAAAGUUCCAGUUCUGGUUCAGAUUUAGAUGCUAAAAGAGGCAAAUCGGCUAAAAAUUCCGCUGUUGCUAAAAAGAAACGACAAAACUAUUCAGAUUCUUCGAACUAUGAUUCUGAGCUAGAAAAAGAAAUAAAAAUUUUGAGUAAAAUUGAGUCUGCAAAAAAAUCUAAGAAAAAAUACUCACGAAAAGAAGAUAGUUAUGAUUCCUCUGGAGAAGAGCAGAGGAAAAAAGUGAGUAGUAAGAGAAAGAUAAAUGUGAAGAAGCAGAGAGAGAAGUCUUCUGAAGAUGACGAUGCUGAGAAGUCUUCCCCGGAGAAGGAGAUUAAUCAUUCUGCUAAAGAUAAAAGAAUUGGUAAGGGGUCAGCUGCUAAGGAAAGGAUAAACAGAGACUUGAAGGAAAAAACUGUGAAGGUAGAGCACAAUGAGUCUUCUGAUGCUGAGAAGUCUUUACUGGAGAAAGAGGAGAGUUGUCCUAAAGGUGUAGAGCUAACUGAAGUUAAGAAGAGCAAGGAUUUGAAAAAGAAAAAGGCACAGCAGGAUUCCUCUUCGGAGAGUACUGAGAAAUCUGCAAAGAAAGAGCAUGAUUUUGAUUCUUCAAAAGACAGGUUCAAGAAUAAAAAAGGAUCAGAAAGCAAAGCAAAGAAAUCUGAAAGACUGAAAAAGAAAACUUACAAGAAAGAAAAAGAUGAUAAUGACAAAACUAAAGAUGAACAAGUGUUUAAAGAAAGGAAAAGGAGGAAUUUAAGAGAGAGAAUGUCGAAAAGAGUCCAGCUUGAUUUAUCCUCUGAUGCUGAGAAAUCUCCCCUAAAAGAUGAGAGUUUUUCUGACAAUGCUGUGCAGAGCAAAAAACAAACUAAAGAAAAGAAAAAAAUAAAUCACAAAAAGAAAAUUUCCAAGAAAGAACAGGAUGAUUCAUUGUCCUCUUCUGAUGAGGAGUCUUACGAAGACAGUAAGAAAAAGAUUAAAAGAGGGUCAAUAAAAGAAAGUAAAAAGAGUAACUUAAAAAAGAAGGUGGCAAAAAAGAAGAUGGUUUUCACAUCCUCUUCCUCAUCUGAUAAGGAAGAAAAUGAUGAACAGAAUUCAACAGGUGAUGGAAGCAGUGAUGAGCAGAAAAUUAUGCCAGUGACUGAAAACUUAAUACUGUCUGCUGGUACAGGAUUUUGUCAGUCAUCAGGAGAUGAGGGAGAGACUAAAUCAAGGACUGUUCCAAUGGAGGAGGAGGAAGAUGAUGAUGAUGACGAUCCUGAGAAUAGAAUUGCCAAGAAAAUGCUUUUAGAAGAAAUCAAAGCCAAUCUUUCCUCUGAUGAGGAUGCAUCUUCAGAUGAUGAAUCGGAUGAAGGAAAAAAGAAAACUGGAAAGCAAAAUGAAAACACGAGAGAUGAUGAAGAGAAUGUAAAGGAAGAGAAUUCUGAAUCAGAUUCAGAGGAAGAAGAAGAAGAAGAAGAAGAAGAAGAAUCAAAGAAGCCUAGAUACAGACACAGACUGCUGAGGCACAAGCUGACAGUGAGUGACGGAGAAUCUGGUGAAGAAAAAAAGGUGAAGCCAAAAGACAAAAAAGAAGGGAAGCGCAGAAAUAGAAGGAAAGUGAGCAGCGAUGAUUCAAAUGACUCUGAGUUUCAUGAAUCUGCAGUUAGCGAAGAAGUCAGUGAGUCUGAAGAUGACCAACGUCCAAGAACAAGAUCUGCCAAGAAAGCUGAGGCAGAAGAAAACCAGCGCAGUUACAAACAGAAAAAGAAACGAAGGCGUAUAAAGGUUCAAGAGGAUUCUUCAAGUGAAAACAACAAUAAGAGUAAUUCUGAGGAUGAGGAAAAUGAUGACUCCAAAUCUCCUGGAAAAGGCAGGAAGAAAAUCAGGAAAAUUAUUAAAGAUGAUAAGCUUAGAACAGAAACACAAAAUGCACUUAAAGAAGAAGAAGAAAGAAGAAAACGUAUAGCAGAAAGAGAAAGGGAGAGAGAGAAAUUGAGAGAGGUGAUAGAGAUAGAAGAUGCUUCACCUCUGAAAUGUCCCAUUACUACUAAGCUGGUUUUAGAUGAAGAUGAAGAAACCAAAGAACCGUUAGUGCAGGUUCACAGGAGUAUAGUUACCAGACUGAAACCGCACCAAGUAGAUGGUGUUCAGUUCAUGUGGGAUUGCUGUUGUGAAUCUGUAAAAAAAACAAAGACAUCUCCUGGUUCUGGAUGCAUUCUUGCUCACUGUAUGGGUCUGGGGAAAACAUUGCAGGUAGUAAGUUUCCUUCACACAGUCUUGCUGUGUGACAAGCUGGAUUUUCGGACAGCUCUGGUAGUGUGUCCACUGAACACUGCCCUGAACUGGUUGAAUGAGUUUGAAAAAUGGCAAGAAGGUUUGGAAGAUGAUGAAAAACUAGAGGUCUGUGAACUAGCAACUGUGAAACGCCCUCAAGAGAGAAGCUAUAUGCUCCAGCGUUGGCAAGAUGAAGGAGGUGUGAUGAUAAUAGGCUAUGAGAUGUACCGUAAUCUUGCACAAGGCAGGAAUGUGAAGAGUAGAAAACUUAAAGAAAUAUUUAAUAAAGCUUUAGUUGAUCCAGGUCCCGACUUUGUUGUUUGUGAUGAAGGGCACAUACUAAAAAACGAAGCAUCUGCUGUUUCUAAGGCAAUGAAUUCUAUUCGAUCUAGGAGAAGAAUAAUUCUUACAGGAACACCACUGCAGAAUAAUCUUAUAGAAUAUCACUGCAUGGUUAACUUUAUUAAGGAGAACUUGCUUGGUUCAAUUAAGGAAUUCCGAAAUCGAUUUAUAAAUCCAAUUCAGAAUGGUCAGUGUGCAGACUCCACUCUGGUAGAUGUCAGAGUGAUGAAGAAGCGUGCACAUAUUCUCUAUGAGAUGUUAGCUGGAUGUGUUCAGAGGAAAGAUUACACAGCAUUAACGAAGUUCCUCCCACCAAAAUAUGAGUAUGUUCUAGAAGUUCGAAUGACACCUAUUCAGUGCAAACUCUACCAGUACUACUUGGAUCACUUGACAGGUGUAGGUGGUGGCAAUGAAGGUGGAAGAGGCAAAGCUGGAGCUAAACUGUUCCAGGAUUUCCAGAUGUUGAGCAGAAUCUGGACUCACCCUUGGUGUUUGCAGCUGGACUAUAUUAGCAAAGAAAAUAAGGGCUAUUUUGAUGAAGACAGUCUGGAUGAGUUCAUAGCUUCAGAUUCCGAUGAAACUUCAAUGAGCUUAAGUUCUGAUGAUUAUGCAAAGUAAUUGAGCUUUUAUUUGUUAUUGUUUGUUUGUUUUAUUUCCUAUAAUGAUGUUGAAGUCAUUAAAGUCUGGAAUUCAAGAUCUCGUGGAGGUGGAGAAGGAAAUGCAGAAGAACUUGUAAACAACCCUCCAUCUGUUACAAAAUGAAAUGAAGGCAAAGCUACGUCCUCUUCCAAUCCUGGUAGCCCAGCGCCCGAUUGGUACAAAGAUUUUGUCACUGAUGCAGAUGCUGAAGUGUUGGAACAUUCUGGGAAAAUGGUGCUCCUCUUUGAAAUUCUGCGAAUGGCAGAGGAGCUUGGAGACAAAGUCCUAGUGUUCAGCCAGUCCUUAAUAUCUCUGGAUUUGAUAGAAGAUUUUCUGGAGCUGGCCAACAGGGAGAAAACUGACAAAGAGAAGCCUCCUAUUUAUAAAGGUGAAGGAAAAUGGUUCAGAAACAUUGAUUACUAUCGCCUAGAUGGUUCAACUACAGCUCAGUCAAGAAAGAAAUGGGCCGAAGAAUUUAAUGAUGAAACUAAUGUGAGAGGCCGCUUGUUUAUUAUAUCCACUAAAGCGGGUUCCCUUGGAAUUAAUCUCGUAGCUGCUAAUAGGGUAAUCAUCUUUGAUGCUUCUUGGAAUCCAUCGUAUGACAUCCAGAGUAUUUUCAGGGUUUACCGCUUUGGGCAGAACAAACCUGUGUUUGUGUACAGGUUUUUGGCUCAGGGAACGAUGGAAGAUAAGAUCUAUGACCGUCAGGUAACAAAGCAGUCAUUGUCUUUCCGGGUUGUCGACCAACAGCAAGUUGAGCGUCAUUUUACUAUGAAUGAACUUACAGAGCUGUACACUUUUGAGCCAGAUUUGCUGGAUGAUCCGAAUUCAGAAAAAAAGAAGAAGAGAGAUACACCAAUGCUGCCGAAAGAUACGAUUCUGGCAGAGUUGCUUCAGAUCAAUAAAGAGUAUAUUGUUGGGUAUCACGAGCACGACUCACUCCUGGACCAUAAGGAGGAAGAGGAGCUCACUGAAGAAGAAAGGAAGGCAGCGUGGGCAGAAUAUGAAGCAGAAAAGAAGGGCUUGACUAUGCGUUUCAACAUGCCAGCUGGGACCAAUAUGCUCCCCACAAACUUCAACUCUCAAACACCGUAUAUUCCUUUCAAUCUGGGGGCUCUGUCGGCAAUGAGUAACCAACAGCUGGAGGACCUUAUUAAUCAAGGAAGAGAGAAAGUUGUGGAAGCAACCAACAGUGUAACUGCAGCGAGAAUUCAGCCCCUUGAAGACAUCAUUUCAACCAUAUGGAAAGAAAACGUCACGCUCACAGAGAGCCAAGUGCAGGCCCUGGCACUAAGCAGGCAGGCAAGCCAGGAGCUGGAUGUCAAGCGCCGAGAAGCCAUCUAUAACGAUGUCCUUACUAAACAACAGAUGCUGAACAGUUGCGUGCAGAGGAUACUCAUGAACAGGCGGCUCCAGCAGCAGUACAACCAGCAGCAGCAGCAGCAGAUGUCCUACCAGCAAGCAGCGAUGAGUCACCUCAUGAUGCCAAAGCCUCCCAACUUAAUCAUGAAUCCUUCCAACUACCAACAGAUAGAUAUGAGAGGAAUGUAUCAGUCAGUGUCCGGUGGGAUGCAGCCACCCCCGUUACAACGAGCACCACCCCCAAUGAGAGGCAAAAAUCCAGGGCCUUCCCAAGGGAAAUCAAUGUGAUUUUGCACUAAAAGCCUAAAGGAUUGUUAAAAUCAGAGAAAGAACUUUUAUUUUUUUAGGAAUCAAUGGCUUAACAGAACUAAGCU